UUCGAUACGUCCCCAGCUCGUGACGGACAGGUUCGAUGUAGAGCCGGGUCAAUGGGCGCAGCCCCAAAAGUGACGGGAGCCACGGUGGAAGCCGAUGUGAGAGAACCGGGGAACGGGUGGAGGAGUGGCGAUAAUAUGGGAAUGGAAACGAUUAAACCAUAUCUAAUAUAAACGAUGCUGGAGAGAAGAUGGAGUAAGUACAUGUAAUUGAGGGUUGAUAACGGGGCAAGAAGAGAGAAAUAUUUUUUUUACUUUUAUGUUUUGUUUUUGCAGAUCUGGCAUCUGGGGGGACGACGAUAAAGGAGUUGGUGGCGGCUGUUAGGCGGGUUUGGGCGGUGUUCGCACGGCUAGGGGGCGAUCUACAGCGUCGUCCGGGGCGGGAACAAGAGCCUGGAACUCUCCAUUAUUGCUACGUAAUAUUUAGUUGCGAAGACUCCCGCCAGGACAGUAUCUUAUAUUCAACUUAAUUUUUUGCGUCGUUCUCUAUUGUGCAUUACCUAGAUUCUCACGUUUGAAGCAGCCUUCGAUCUUCAAUGUACUCCGUAGUGAGUUGCAAACAAAAUAAAUAAUAAAUUAUUGCGCCUCUCCUGCGUGGUACAACUUAAAAUUACACUUGUCCAACCUCGCCCGGCUCUUUGAUUGAGCUUGUUUCUUGCUUCUCAAAACGAUACAGGAAGUAAUCAACAGUACUUCAUGCAGCCAGUCACAGAAGACAUUAAAAGGGUAUUUUACGAGUGUAACGUUGUGUCCUAUUGCCUUGCCGGCUUCUGGGAUAACAUGUGCACCGAAAUGCUCCUUUUAGUUUCUAAAUUCCGGAGAAUUGCUUUGCUACGCUGCAAUAAUUCUCCAACUUCUCUUGAUAGCUGCAGAAAUAAUGCAGCAAAGGUUAUCUAUUUGUGAUAAAGAACCGGCAUGAUCGUAUCCCUCAUGGGUCGCCAGGCUAUCAAUCACAAAACAGUGCAGUACCUUGUGCAUGGCUAUAUUUCAUCUAUACGCCGAGUAAGGAUGUAUAUUACAUACCGCCCUGGUACUCUCAGAGCCACAUAGGCCCGUGGAUCAGAUCUGACCGCGUUCGUAGGCUCAAGUCAACAAAGCUGCGCAGAAAGAUGCCAAAUCUGCUCUUAUCCUAAAUGAGAACUCUCGAUGUCCCUCCAGAUAUCAGAAAAAUGCUCAUGAGCGUCAUUUUGACAUCAACUGGCAAAAGGAGUUAUGUGAGUGCUGUUGAAUCUCGCAUAGUCGAGAACAUUGCCAGCUUUGUAUGAGGAGCUGCAGAAUUGCAUCACCGGCUAGAUGGAGGGAACGAGCUAGGUCGGUUUAUAGGAUGUGAACCAUAUUUGAGAUCUCGUAUUUUAAUUCUGUCAUGGAAUGCAUCAGCUUCGAGCUAUCAGUGAAACAGAGAAGGAGAAGAGUGAAAGAAGAGAGCCGCCCAUGCACAACGAACGUAUUUGGUUUUGCUAGAACCAUCAGCUUCAUGAUGGUAACCAGUUGACGAGAGAGAGUUAUCACUUCUAAAUCAAUCUGAAUCAACGACGGAAAUACUUAUAAUCGCGGAUUGCUAAAUAAAAGUUUCCCAUCAGGGGGUAAAGGUAAGUUCUAACCUAUCGCCACAGUGAGAUAUCGGGUUUAAGUUGACAAUCUCCUGCAAAUCAGGCGCUCAUUCUAGCGCGCAGCGUGAUGGAGUGGAGAGCGUGGUGGGAUCGAGGGAGGGAAAAGAAAAAAGAAAAAAGAAAAAAGAAAAAGAAAAAGAGAAUUGUAGGCUAUAGAAGCCGUGAAAUAUAAAAGAACAUCCCCUCUGGUAGUCUUUUAACGGGACUGCACAUCGGAGUGACCACAGUCUAAGCGAAUUGAUCCAUCAUCCACCGCAGAGCAGACCACCCGCCUCGAGAGGACAGCAUGAGGUCGCAACAUUUGGUUGCCCGAGAAGUUCCUGGACAUAUUCAAUGGAAGGAAAAUAUAUUGAUCUCCUAGUUACACAGUUAAGUAUCAGUCAUCCCCAAUUCUGACGAGAGGGUUUUUAUAAAUGGACGUUUGACCAAGAGCCGCCCCAAAGCGAACCCGGCAGAGCUCAUGCUACAGUGUCAAAAUAAGCAUGAAAAGAACACAUCCGGUACCUAGAUAUAGCAGUGCAAAAUUGCCCUAAGUAUCCAGCAACGAUGCCUGUAACUGUGUCUGUGCCUGAGCAAAUGCUAGGGUCCUGGACAUGGCAACAUUAUGGAGCUUGUGGAUGGGCGCUCCAUAAGGCUAUGAUGCUUACAGAUAUGAGUUGGAAGAUCCAUGGAUGCUGAUCCUACAAUUCUUUCUGGGAAUUAUCAUGUCCCUCGGGAGCGUUGUAUCCUGUCUUGAGCCUCUUUCCCACUCCGGGAAAACAUUUUUCUUUCGGGAACGAAACGAGCACGCUAAGAAGACGGGAUAUUUAAAUAAGGGUCGAAAGGACGCUAAACCGACUCAACUACGCAGCUAGUUUCUUAAAAAAGGAAAUAUUUGUGGAUGAACUCAAGUAGGCGAUUGGGCUCCAUAUCUCUCAGAGCACAUCAAGCAUCGAAAAUAUUCAAGCGCCGGCCCCCAUGGGCCAUUGUCCAUGGGCCCACAGCAAAAGACAGCGGACAGGCUCUCCUCCUCACUCUUCAAGGGAGGAGGCUCCGAAAUGCCGCCAAACAGGGGCAACCUGAUACGCCCAAUGGCUGGCCGAAGGAUUCCACUGUCACAUUGGUUGGCUUUCCAAAUCCUUCCUUCGUUGGCGCGAUGCGGGCCGAGAACAUGAAGGAUUUCCUUCUGCCUUUUAGUCGUCCCCAGGGUCACCGAACUCGAUGGUGAAUUUUUGGUUCUUUCAGAGCUUCCUCACACGUUGUGUUUCUUCCUUCCUUCAACUCUCGACUCCGUCAUAAAUCGUCAGAGCUUGGGAUUCUGCGGAGAACGACAGCAUUUCUCACAACCGUCGAGAACAGGCGAGGCACAACCGCCAUAUCUUCCUAACGACGAAACCUACGGAAAUAACACCGAACACCAGUGUUAGCUAUGGCGCGGUUCACCGCAACACUCCGCCUUGUCGCGACGUUGUUAUCAUUUUGCGCGAUCGGGGUGCGAUGUCAAGGGAGAAUGUGCUACGCCCUCGACGGCACUGAAUACCCUUUUGAUGUGCCAUGCACAAAUGACGAGGUUACCGUGUGCUGUAAUUCAAAAGACAUCUGCAUGUCAAAUGGACUCUGUUAUCUUCAAGGCUCACACGGUUCCGUGUUGUCAAGAGGAUCUUGCACGGAUAAAAACUGGGGCCCUGGCUGCUUUGCACCUUGUUCCAGUUACCAUCGCCACAUCGGCUUUCCCAUCGUCAAUUUUGGUUUCCAAGGGAAAGAUUCUAAAUACUGUUGCGGCGGCUUCGAAAUUGUCGACGGAAAGGUGGGCUGUCUAAACGGGGACUCAACCUUCUCGCUGCCUCCUGGUCAAGCUAUCGUAGGGGUAGCAGGUCUUGUCAACAACUCUUCCCCAAGCCCCACCCCCACCAGCACUGCCAGCACCACCAGCACUACCAGCACCACCAGUACGGGCACCAGAACCACCGGCACGGGCACCAGCACCACCGCCACUGGCACCAACACCGACCUCCCGCCUACGCCUACAGAUACCGGCUCACCCGUACACACCACUCCCCCCGUAACAACAUGUCCCUCUCCCCGUGACACAGUCAUCGGAGUUGGUAUCGGAGUCCCUCUCGGAGUCAUCGCUAUUGCCGCUCUUGCAUGGGCCAUCUGGGAGCGGAGUGGUAGACGCCAGGCACUGGCGGCUGCGUCGGCGGGCGGUGCUGUCUACUCCGCGCAAACUGAGUAUGCCCACCCACCCCACUACCAGAAGCCUGUUGCGGAGUUGUCUGAACGAGGUGUUAUUUCGGAAUUGAUGGGGAGCGGACAUCAUAACCAUAAAUAAGGGGGUAAAUGGAAUGAGAUGGGAUAGGGGCGAGUAUGGAGAGCCGGGAAGGGGAGGGGGUUCACGGAGCUAGUUCACGGUUUGCUUGCUAUGUACGAAUGGUAAUAAAAGUACUUAUCUGGGACUCCGCCGAGCCGAUGCAAAUAUAUUGGAAAUCAAGUGGGGAGAAAGAUACGUUCAGCUUGUGGCCGGCCCCUCGUAUUUUUUACCUUUAUUUUAUUUUACUUUAUAAUUUUUUUUUUCUUGUCCUUCUUGUGUGUAUUCUUUGUCUGAUUUUGUGUUUUAUCUGUUCAUCUUGAUGGUGUUGACAUUUCCGGCUUAGAUAGUACUUCUCCUUUUUUGCUGUGUAAGGGAGUCAUUGUUUAUUUAAAAUGGAUACCCAGGCACAUUACAUUGUUUUACUCGUGCUUUCGCUUCCCCCACCACACCUGUGGUUGUUUAAUAUCUGUAAAUUCUUUGAUACUACUAUAUUCUCUGCUC